CUGUCACUCACGUUGUCCUUACCGCCCACUUCCGCCCCUGCUCCAGAGGCAGCAGCGUUACUCUUGGCUUGUUUACGUUACUAGCGCCGCGAUUUGACCUCGAUCCACAGGUGUAAACCGGUCCGUGCUGUUGCAGGUUGUUGUUGCUUGUCUUGUCUGUGAUGCUUGGAGAGAGAGAGGCUGGGCUGCAGGGACAGGCCGGUGCUGGGGAACAUGACUUCUGAGUAACGUUUAGUUACUUUCUGUGCUCAGUAUGAACAGCGAGGAAGAGUUUUACGACGCUGAGACAGGGCUGGAGUCAGAUGAUUCCUGUGAGGUCAGUUUCAAAGAUGCCCUGGUGUAUGACAGUGAGCAGGUGACCGGCGGUGGAGGCACCACCACCACCACCACCACGCAGGAGAACGGAGUGUGGGAGCGCAGGAAAACUCUGCCGGCUGAAAUGAUCUCCAGGAACAACUUCAGCGUUUGGAGCAUACUGAAGAAAUGCAUCGGCAUGGAGCUGUCCAAAAUAGCGAUGCCCGUUGUGUUUAACGAGCCGCUGAGUUUCCUCCAGAGGAUUUCAGAGUACAUGGAGCACACUCACCUCAUCCACAAAGCCUGCAGUUUGUCUGACUCAAUAGACCGCAUGCAGGUUGUUGCUGCGUUCGCUGUUUCGGCUGUAGCGUCUCAAUGGGAACGGACUGGAAAGCCAUUUAAUCCUUUACUGGGGGAGACGUACGAGCUCAUAAGACAGGACGAGGGAUACAGAUUGAUCUCGGAGCAGGUGAGCCACCACCCACCUGUCAGUGCCUUCCAUGCCCAGUCUCUGAAGCAAGAGUUCGAGUUUCACGGCUCCAUCUACCCAAAACUCAAAUUCUGGGGCAAAAGUGUGGAGGCCGAGCCGAAAGGCACGAUGACGCUGGAGCUGCUGAAACAUAAAGAAGCGUACACGUGGACGAACCCGAUGUGUUGCGUGCACAACAUCAUCCUGGGGAAGCUCUGGAUCGAACAAUACGGCACAGUGGAGAUAGUCAACCACAGCACGGGAGACAAGUGCGUGUUAAACUUCAAACCGUGCGGCAUGUUCGGGAAAGAGCUGCACAAAGUAGAAGGUUAUAUCCAAGACAAAAGUAAGAAGAAGCGGCGAGUGAUCUACGGGAAGUGGACAGAGUGCAUGUACAGUGUGGAUCCAAAGGUUUAUGAGGCGUACAAGAAGUCGGACAAGAAGAUGGUGGGGGAUUCUAAAAAGCCGAAAUCGGAACAUAGCUGUGAAGGUGAUGAGGACGAUGAGUUACCAGGAGUUCAAGAGACCGUGACUGUGAUACCAGGAAGUGCCUUACUGUGGAGGAUAACGCCGCGGCCUGCUCACUCAGCACAGAUGUAUAACUUCACCACCUUUGCCAUGACACUAAAUGAGCUGGAGCCCAGCAUGGAGAGAGUACUGCCACCGACAGACUGCCGGCUGAGGCCGGACAUCAGAGCCAUGGAGAACGCGGACAUAGACGCAGCAAGUACAGAGAAGGAACGGUUAGAGGAGAAACAAAGAGCGUCGCGCAGAGAACGCUCCAAGGAUGAGGAGGAGUGGUCAACCAGGUGGUUUCAUCUGGGAACAAACCCUCACACGGGAGCCGAGGAUUGGCUGUACACAGGUGGAUACUUUGACAGGAAUUACACUGACUGUCCCAACAUUUAUUGACAAAGGUGGUGCUCUCCCUCUCUGAUUAUUUCUCAGCAUCUAAGAUUUGUGUCUUUGUGACGUUCGGACCCUCACUGGUACUGCGUCUUUGUCCUGAAUCGGUGAAGAGCUGAUAUCAAAACGGGAGAAACGUUAUAUUACGAGAAUUUUAGAGUUUACUUAGGUUAAAUCUUCAUCUUUAUAUGCCCUAAUCAUGAUUUUGACAAUAAUAGUCCACAUGUAUGUUCUCACCCGUUGAGGGUUUUAAACAAGUUACCUGUAUGUAUGCGUGUGUGUGUGUGUGUGUGUGCGCGUGUGUGUGUAUGUGUGUGUGUGUGACCAUGCUGCUGCAGGACACAAAAGAUAUGUUCAGUUUUAGUUCAGGUACUCAACCAUAAUCUUACCUGUAGCCGCACCACACACUUCUCACUUCUGUCUAGUUGCAUUCAAAUAUCAGGGGUUAUUUAAACA